GUUUGUAAGGAUGAUGGCCUCUUGUGGAUGACACAGCCGCGAGCCCAUCAUCAUACAUUCUUAGGGCCAUGCCAAGAACACCUUGGUGACACCACCCUGUUACUCAGAUCCAUCUGUCUCUCUUUAGAGAUGCCCAAUCAUUUCUUCCUUCCGAUACCUUGCAUUGUUCUUCUCGUAUCGUUGGUAUCUUUAGCGGAAGGUGGUGAAAAUUUUGAGAAGUGUGGCAUCGGUCCUGUUUUGACGAGCAGGAUUGUUGGUGGUAAUGAAACAGAACCACAUAAAUGGCCUUGGCAGGCCUCGUUAAUGCUAACGCAUCCACAAUUUGGAAGAGUCGGCCAUUGGUGUGGUGCUGUAAUAGUUCAUAAACAGUGGGUUUUGACAGCUGCUCAUUGUAUACUUAACCCACUGUUCUCCUUACCUCAGCCAGUGUUUUGGAAGGUCAGGGUUGGCGAACACAACCUGAAACUCACAGAAGGUCCAGAGAAAACGAUUCAAGUGUCUGAAGUUCACUUUAACCCUUGGUACCAUGGUUAUGACAAAGACAUAGCUCUGCUUAAGUUGGAAAAAGAGAUGGAAUUUAAUGAUUAUGUUAGAGCAGCAUGCUUGCCUGAUGAAGAAGCUGGAUAUUUAGGGAUGAAGUGCGUGGCAACAGGAUGGGGAAAAGUCGAUUUUGAUAAGCGAGGCUCCAAUGUUUUACGAGAGGUAGAAAUACAAAUUUUCGACAAUAAUGUAUGCCAUCAAGUCUAUUAUCCAAACUAUCAAAUUCCAAUUAAAAGCUGGCACAUGUGCGCAGGAAUCUUAGAAGGGGGUAAAGGUACAUGCCAAGGUGAUUCGGGUGGCCCCUUACAAUGUUUGGUAAACGGUCAAUACUAUGUUGCCGGAAUAACGUCCUUUGGUUCUGGCUGCGCCAAAGAAGGAUAUCCCGAUAUUUACACACGAGUUAGUUAUUUUGAAAAAUGGAUUGAAGAGAUUAUGACUAGACCGUCACCUGGAGCAUAACUAUUCUGCUUCAUUUGAUAGAGAUGUGAAAUUAUUCAGUCCUCUUAAAUUUUCAGGGAAACUGAAAGUUCUACAUCUCAAGCAUAUUUUGUAACUGUUUCAUUGUUGUACAAUAUUUUGUUGGAAUUUUUAUGUCUAAAACAGUUUUGUAUAAACUUCUCAGAUAAAUUUGCUGCAUAUGCUUUAUCGGAAACAGCUUACAAAUAUUGAUAUUUAAAUUUGAUUUUUUUAAAUUGAUUUUUGAUAAACAAAUUUCAAGCUGCCAUUUUUUUUCAUUUAAAAAUAAACAUCAGUAAAUUUUUGUUUAAAGUCUCAUAAUCUUAAAAUUUCUAAAUGACUGCCCUGAAUAUAUAUUUUUAAAAUCUUUUAAGAAAGGGAGUAAAAUAAUCUGCACGCAAAAAGUCGCAAAUUAAUAUUUGACGAAUCAUUAUCUACGUGGAUCAAAAAUAUAAACUGGUUUUUCAUAGUUAAAUCUCUACUUUACUCUGUUUGACCUCGAUAAUGAUUUGUUAGAGUUAGGCGGUGAUUUUUUUUCUUCUUUUUUCUCACUUAAAUAUGAAUUUAAGACUCAUGAUCCAUGUUUUUAAUCUUUUUUUUACAAUUAUAAAAAAAGUAUAUAGAAAGUACGACUAAUAUGAAACAUCUAAAAAAAAGGCUAAAAAAUUUCUUCUACUAUUUUAUGUUGUUCACUUGUUAAUAUUAGCAAAAUUUAUUUUUGUUACUUGAACAAUUUUAAUCGUUCAUUAAUACUUAAUCAAUGUAGCACAAUGUUGUGAUUUAUUUAUUUUGUUAUUGUUUUUGUAAAAAAAAUAAAAUAAAGGGAUUUUUGUUGUGU